AUGGAGACAAGGUGGCUUCCAUCCACAUACCACCAAGAUGCACUCAAAAGGUUGUACAUGUUGAAGCAAGGGUUAAAAAGCGUGGAAGCGUACUUUGAUGAGUUUGAGGACUUGCGGAUGAAGUCCAAGAUAGAAGAGCAUGAAGAGUACACUAUUAUAAGUCUUGAAGAGGCAUUCCAUGACGCAUCCAAGGUUGAGGCGGAUCUAAAAGAAGAGAGGUCUUAUAAAGACAAAAGCAAAUCGUCUUCAACUUGGAACAAAGGCAAAGAAAAGUGGAAAACUUCCACUUGGGAUAAGCCCAAGAGCAACACUCAAGCACCUCAAGCCAAAUUCGAUUACAAAGCCAAAGGUGAUGACAAGGCUAAAAAGGAGUGCCAAGGGAGAGGGCACAUUGCUAGUGAGUGUCCCAACCGGAGGACUAUCACCAUAGUGAGGGAUGGGUAUCGAACCGAUGAUGAACAUGAGGGCGGGGAUGGUUGUGAAGAAGAGGGAGAAAGAAGUGAGUGUGAGGGUGAUUCCGAUGAAGAGGUUGAGAUAAGGUAUGAAGAAGCCUUGAAUCAUGCUAUUGUGGCUAGAAGAGCCAUGGGGGCUCUAGCUAGGGAAGAGAGCGACCAAAGGGAGAACUUAUUUCAUGCACGAUGCAAAAUUGUGGAUAAGGUGUGCUCCUUAAUCAUUGAUGGUGGAAGUUGUACGAAUGCCGUUAGCCAAUUCUUAGUUGAAAGUAUGAAAUUCCCCACCCGCAAGCACACUAAUCCCUACAAACUCCAAUGGUUUAAUGAAUGUGGCGAAAUGAGGGUCAACAAGCAAGCCAUUAUCAAAUUUAGAAUUGGCAAGUAUCAAGAUGAGAUUUUGUGUGAUGUGGUACCCAUGCAAGCUUGCCACCUAUUGCUUGGAAGACCUUGGCAAUUUGAUGUUGAUGCCCAACAUAGUGGGAGAACUAACAAGUACUCAUUUGUGGUCAAGGGGAAGAAGUACAUUCUUAACCCACUAACCCCUUACCAAGUGAGUGAGGAUUAUCGAGUGAUGAGAGAGCUUCGGGAGAAGUAUCAAAGGGAAGAAAAGGAGAAGGGUGAGAAGGAGACGUUGUUGGUCAUAAGUGGAGAGGGGACAUCUCUAAAUGGUUCCAAGAAAUGUUUGUUGGCCAAACCAAGUAAUUGCUUAAAGGGGUUGACGAGAGACACUUCAUGGAAUAUGAAGCCUUGUUUCCGGAGGAAAUGCCCGAUGGCUUACCUCCUUGAGAGUGUGUUUUCGAAGAUUGAUCUUAGAAGUGGCUAUCACCAAAUUCGAAUGAGCCCCGGUGAUGAGUGGAAAACGGCCUUCAAAACCAAUUUUGGCCUCUAUGAGUGGCUUGUCAUGCCAUUCGGACUAACCAAUGCACCUAGCACGUUUAUGAGGUUGAUGAACCAUGUCUUGAAACACUUUAUCAACAAGUUUGUGGUUGUUUAUUUUGAUGACAUCCUAGUGUAUAGCAAAUCAAUUGAGGAGCAUGUAGGCCAUUUGAGGCAAGUGUUUGAUGUCUUGUUGCGUGAGAGGUUGUUUGCUAACAUCAAGAAAUGUGCCUUUUGUGUUGAUAAAGUGGUGUUCUUGGGUUUUGUGGUGAGUGCAAAUGGUGUGGAGGUUGAUGAAGAAAAAGUGGAAUCUAUUAGAACUUGGCCAACUCCUAAAAAUGCAACCGAUGUGAGGAGUUUCCAUGGGUUGGCAAGUUUCUAUAGGAGGGUUGGCAUAGGUGGAGUGUUGAUGCAAGAAGGCAAGCCAUUGGCUUACUUUAGUGAAAAGCUAAAAGGGGCGUCAUUGAACUACUCUACUUAUGACGAGUUGUAUGCACUUGUAAGGGUCUUGACCCAUUGGCAACAUUAUUUGUGGCAUAAGGAGUUUGUGAUACGAUCGGAUCACGAAUCCUUGAAACAUUUGAAGAGCCAAUCCAAGCUCAACAAGAGACAUGCGAAAUGGGUAGAAUUGAUUGAAGCUUUCCCUUAUGUGAUCCAUUACAAAAAGGGGAAGGACAAUGUGGUGGCGGAUGCAUUAUCUAGAAGGUAUGUCUUGCUAAACACUAUGACUUCUAGAAUGAUGGGAUUUGAGAGCCUUAAGGGAUUCUAUUCUCAAGAUCCCGACUUUAAGGCGAUUUGUGAGGAGUUGACCCAAGGGAGGAGGGUUGAUAGGUUCCAACUUGUUGAGGGGUUCCUAUUCGAGGAUGGUAGAGUUUGUGUCCCAAUGAGUUCAUGGAGAGAGUUGUUCAUCAAGGAAGCACAUAGUGGUGGAAUGAUGGGCCAUUUUGGAGUGGCCAAGACACUUGACAUUUUGGGAGAGCAAUUCUAUUGGCCCAAGAUGCGACAUGAUGUUGAAAAGUUAUGUGGUCAAUGUUUGAAAUGCAAGCAAGCCAAGUCUAAAACUCGGCCCCAAGGUAUGUAUACUCCCCUUCCUACUCUAAUGGUCCUUGGAUAG